AAAACGACGCAGGACAAAUUCUCCGAUGCAUAAAAAAUAAUGCAGGCGCACCAUUUUGUGGGACCCAUCCCCAUCUUCCCAUCGCGGUCCCACACCCAGAACUCCGUAACCCACCGUUACCGCCACCGGUGGCGGCCGAUAUCGUCGUCGUGGUCGUCGUGGACGGCGAUCGACGGCGAGCAGAACCACUACGACGUGUUGGGCCUCACGCGCAACGCGACCACCGGCGACAUCAAAAGGGCUUAUCGCCUUCUAGCUCGCAAGUAUCAUCCCGAUGUUAGCAAAGAUCUGCAAGCUGGAGAGGUUUUCAAGACCAUCCGCCGUGCAUAUGAAGUGAGUAUACUUAUGUCCUGUAUUAUCUAUUUCUUGACUCACGUAUUAUCGAAUGAAGCCGCAAGAACUUGUUAUGACAAGGAACUCAAAUUCCAGGAAGACAAUGGCAGACAUUACAAAGGUAAAUGGUAUUAUAACCAUGAAUAUGAAGAUGGGCUACGGACCUACACGUGGGCUGGACUGAGGCGGAAGAUCCAACAUGAAAUCUACAGAGAAAGAUAUAAAGCCAACAAAGGUGAAUCUUCUUUUUACACCGAAACAGAAGAAGUCGGAAGGGAGAACUUUGGCCAAGAGAGGGGUGCCUUCAUGGAAGUACUUAGAUCUGCCUUCCUGCUAUUAUUCUUCGUUCAGGCAUUUGGCUGUCGGAUAUCCCUUACCUUUAGCAGCUUUACGGCAUUACUUGACAGGAAACUAGAUGCAGGGUAUAAGAUUGGUUAUGUAAUUGCCUGGAUUUUGGGUGGGAGAGGUGGCAUUUUGCUGACUUUAUGCCUCUCUUUUGCGAGUUGGGUUUGUGGGAAAAGGAGCAGUAAUCUAGUUGUUCUUGUGGUGGUUGCUAUGUGGGUUGGCUCCAAUCUUGCAAGGUAUGCACCACUUCCUCAAGGCGCUCUUCUAACGCUGCUGUACAUGUCUAUUAAGCUCCAAGUUGAUCUGAAUUAGAGUUGUUGCCUGUUGUCACUAAUCAAAUCAUUAGAGCUGUGCUGUACAGUUGUAUUUUUUAGAGGAUUUAUGUUUAGACAAAUAGUUUGUGAUGCUAAGCCUGUACCAGAGACUGGUCAAAAUCAUCCCAAAGGUGCAAUUUCAACCCAUGUUUCUGAAUUAUGAAAUCCAGCUCCAUUGUCAGCA